UAACAACCUCUUCCUCCUCCCUUCUCUCCCCCACUUUAGUUUUCAGGUUUUAUAGUUUUCUCUUGUAAGAUAUCAGGUUCUGUUGGGUUGGGUUAAGGAAAUUCUGUCCCAUUUCCUCUGUUUCUCUAGACACCAUUUUGUGGGUUUCGCUCUUUUUAAGGUUUUGAUUUCUGGGCUUUUGCUGCCAAAUCUUGGGUUUUGGGUUCAACACCAAAAACCCAUAUAAUCAAUCUCUUGAAAUCUCCCAUUCUGACAGCAGCUUUUGCUGAGAUCUGCCCAAGAAACCUCUUUGUCCUCCUUUUUGAAUCUAAUCGUGAUGCUGAAUAUAUGAUGUUUGAGAUUGAUGUCUCCUGUUCUCAGUGAAAUCCUCCGUUCCGGGUUUAUGAUCAAUUCCUCACUCAGACGCAGGACCCACUUAGUUCAAUCUUUCUCCGUUGUGUUUCUCUACUGGUUCUAUGUGUUUUCAUAAAUAAUCUUUCACCCCUGCUUGAGUUAUAUAUAAUACAAUAGGUAUUACAUAUAUUAGUAUCUGAAUUAGCAUAAUACUAGUACUACUGUUAUUUGGGUCCAGGGUUUUUAAUUCCCCAAGGUUUCUUGAAUCUUAAUAUCUUGUUUUUUUUUUUUCGUUCUGGGUAAGUAAUCUCUUCCGUCUGGAAAGAAAGAAAAAAAUUAUGGCUUCCUCUAGUGGAAAUUCCUCAGGCUCCACACCAACUCAGAACUCUGGGUCGGAGGAGGAUUUGCAGCUGUUGAUGGAUCAGAGAAAAAGGAAAAGAAUGCAAUCGAAUCGGGAAUCGGCGAGGAGAUCCCGAAUGCGAAAACAGAAGCAGCUGGACGAUCUGAUGGCCCUAGUGGCAGAUCUCAGGAAGGACAAAAACCAAAUCAUGACAAGCAUAAACCUCACCACCCAACACUACAUAAAUGUCGAGGCCGAGAAUUCCAUCCUGAAGGCUCAAGUGAUCGAACUGAGCCAAAGGCUAGACUCUCUCAAUGAGAUCCUCAAUUACAUCAACACAAACAGUGGGGUGUACGAGACCGAUCAGACCCUUCAGACAAGUGCUGACAGCUGCAUGAUGAACCCCUUGAACUUGCUCUAUCUUAACCAACCCAUCAUGGCUUCUGCAGAUAUGUUUCGGUAUUGAUCAUCAUCAUCAUCACCAUGGGACUGAAAAAGCUUCAAAAUAGUCAAUUUAUGGUUGUCUUUGUAUUAUUCUUCGGUGGUGUUUUGUUCAUGUCUUCAUGGUCUCAAUGAGUGGAAAUGCAUGGUUUUGUUUUAUUGCUAAAAAAAAAAAGAAAAAAAAACAGUAAAUAUUUUGCUUUGCUUUAUUAGCACCUAGGAAGAAGCAGUGACUGAGAGAGAAUGAUGACGGUCCUCAUAGAAAAGGGACCCAAUAAAUGGGGUUCUUGGUUUGUAAAAUGGGUCAUCAUAGACAUGGUGUAAAGGGCUUUUAAUGUAUGAUGUCACUCUGGUUAUUUUAGUAUUUGUAUUAAUCUUCAUGUCUUUCGCAGCAA